AUGGCUGAGACAGCAGCCGUAAUACCAAGAGAGGAAGAGGAGUUCCAAAACAGCAGUGAUGAUGAAGACCGAUCUCCGACUCAUGAUGCUGUGUCAGCACGCCCCGGUUGCUCUGCCAGCCCUUGGCUAGACAGCGUUAAUGAAGACAAGGGACUCCCAGGAGCGCCAGAAAGACUGGCUGUCCUCUCCAGCAGGGCAGCGGCCCAGCUGAAAGCCCUGCCUGGCCCAGGGAUGGUCAGUGGUGGCCAGGCACAGAGGACAGCCCCUGGGCUGGCUGAGCAUCCCCUGGCAGCUGUAGAUGCAUUGUUAGGCUCCUCCUCAUGCCCUGACAGCCCGCUAGCCUCCCUGCCUGCCAAAAGCCACUGCUGCAAUGGCAAAUGGUGCUCAGAGGUGCUGCAGGGCCCGGGGGUGCCGGCUGAGGCCGGCCAGGCCCGGCAGGCCGGGACCGACACACAGCAGGCGGGGAGCGGCACCCGGGGCAGCAGGGCCUCCUGCAGCUUGGGCAGUGUCAUCUGGAUGAAGGCCACAACAGUAAUGGAGACCUUAGAAAACAAGAAAAAGGAGGAAAAGGAGAAGUACCGGCUCCAGCUAGCCAUGUACCGACGGCUCCUGCUGCUGCGCUCCAUCAGGAGUUUGCACAGGCAGCUGGAGCAGCAGCAGGCCAGGCUGCAGGAAUGCUAUGGCAUGGUGAUAAACACAAAGAAAGAAGUGUUGAAACACAUUUGCUCAACCUCGCCCUCACCUUCGCCGUAAUCAUGUUGCUGCCUGCAGAAAUGAGCUUUGCAAUGCCACCAGAGCCGCCAGUAAACUUGCAUCCCACAGGGGUGGUGUUCUCGUGAGCAGAUCCAGAAGAGAGAAGGUACAGCGUUGGCCCCUGAAUUCAUCUGGAGGAAAAAAGAACAAGG